CUCGCGAGAUAGGUAGCUCCGGCUUAUUCUGCCAUUUGCCCUCCAAACGGCAGAAACACACAGAAACACUCAAACAGAGACACAGAACAAAAGAACAACACAGAGUCUGACUUAAUCUGAUUAUUUACAGCUUCAGGAUUCAAUUUCAGGGAUUUUCUAUUUCAUCGUGUCACCUGGAGCGACCUCAGCGAUCAUGAAUCCUGAAUAUGACUACCUGUUCAAACUUCUUCUGAUUGGUGACUCUGGAGUCGGAAAGUCGUGUCUGCUGCUGCGCUUUGCGGACGACACCUACACUGAGAGCUACAUCUCCACCAUCGGAGUGGACUUCAAGAUCAGGACCAUCGACAUGGAUGGGAAGACAGUGAAACUACAGAUCUGGGACACAGCAGGUCAGGAGAGGUUUCGAACCAUCACCUCCAGCUACUACAGAGGAGCUCACGGCAUCAUCAUCGUCUACGAUGUCACUGAGCAGGAGUCCUUUAACAACGUGAAGCAGUGGUUGGAUGAGAUAGAUCGUUACGCCUGUGAAAACGUCUCCCGGCUGCUGGUGGGAAACAAGAGUGACCUCGUUAGUAAGAAAGUGGUGGAUGCUGCCACUGCUCAGGACUUGGCCUCGUCUCUUAAAGUCUCCUUCCUGGAGACGAGCGCCAAGAGCUCCGAUAACGUGGAGAAGGCUUUCCUCACCAUGGCCUCUGAGAUCCACAAGCGCCUGGCCAGUGAGGGAGGAGGGAUGCAGGGCGAGUCGAAAGAUGCCCGGGCUCAGAGCGCUAAGAUCAACAGUGCCCCUCUGUGGCUGGGAGGCGACAAACAGACGCAGGAGGCCAGUAACUGCUGCUGAGCAGAGGGGAACACACCACCAUGACAAUGAGAUGUUCACUGUUCAGAAGAGAGGUGUGUCAUUUUAAACACAUCCAUCUGUCUAAUCUGAAGACCAUGCGACUGUGUGUUCUGGACACAUAUUGUCAGAAGUUUGAUCUUUGCUAUUGAACAAAAAAAAAAACAAAAAAAAAGGAAGAAAAACUAAAAUUUUUAGCUUGACUACAAUAUAUUUUUGAACUUGGCAUUUUUGAAUUAAAUAUAUUUAAAAAACGGAAAUUCUGCUUAAUUAAAGAGCAGAGACAAACACGACAGAUGAUCUCAGCCAAAUGAACAAAUAGGACAGCGUCAGCGACGAGGUUUGGGAAGAGUUUCAUAAAUACAUCAGACCAUUCACUGUCACCACUUUAACAAUUAGGGCGGCUGCUAACAGUUAUUUUCAUUGAGUUGUUUGCGUCAUAAAAACAGGGACAUCCUCAAAUGUUUUGUCCACAACACAGAAAUAUUCAGUUCACUGUCACAGAGGACCAAAGACAAAAUAUUCAUAUUUAAUAGCUGACAACGAAUCGUUGAAUUGACUAAUCAUUGCAGUUCACAACCAAUAUCUGAAUAACACUUAAUACUCACACAGUUUGGGACGAUUUUAUUCUAAAGUGUGAUAAACAGUUUGAAUGGAUGAAUUUACUGUGUGAUUUCAACUGUCAGCUACCAUCGUUUGCCUCAGAGGUGGUUUAUUGCAUUUACUGGUUUUUGUUGUGUUUUGCAUGUUGUUUAUGUCA